CACUUUCAUAGCUAGAUCAUAGAUCAUGCCACAGUAUGAUCCAAUUGACGAUCCUGGUCCAUCAACAUCACUCAUGUAUCUCAAAAAUGCUGGAACGUCCCUGAUCCACUCACGCUCUAAAGAAGACUGGGGAAAACUUAUAAUCUUCUACUUCUUCUUCUACGCUUGUUUGGCAGCUUUCUUCGCCGUCUGCCUGAUAGUGAUGCUGCAAACCCUGGACGAUGACAAGCCUACAGUUAUCGGACGUACCAUCAAACCUAAGCUAGCAGCCCCUUCCCCAGACUUGUACAUCAUGAACUUCGAGAAAGAAGAAGAAUGGAAUAAGUACAGGGUGGCAGCCGACAAAUUAGCAGAAAAAUACACUGCAAAGGAUAACAAGGGCGUCGGAUUUUUCGAUUGGAGCGAAGCUAACCUUGGAAAAUGUUACAACCAAUCAAAACCCUUCAACUCCGAUAAAGACUCUGAUAAAGUGGGAUGUUUCUAUAUUGGACUUAACAGGAUUUACAAUUGGACUCCAGAAAAAAAGACGUUGUCUUUUGAUUGCAAUUGGAGCGUGGGAAAAACUGGAUCUGGAAACUUGGACCCUCCAUUCGAUAUGGAAAUGCAGAAAGAAGUCGAAAUCGCUGCAGCACUGAAAGCGUACUACCCUUAUACCUCCAAGGCAGAGAAUGGUCUGCAGCCCAUGCAGGCUAUCGAGAUAACCUUGAACAAGAUAAAACAAGCUGCAAUGAGCGAGACAGAUUCUUUGGAAACCUAUCUUGAUUGCAGCGCUUACGUCAACGAGAAGAAGAUCGAAGAUUCAGGCGACGCCAACUUCGAAAUCAGAUACUCAAAAGACACGAAUGCCGAUGAAUAGUUUGGAUGUGGAUUUGGAGUGAGUCGGUGCAAGAGAUUUGUCGCAACUUAACCGUGCUGAUAAGAUCUACACAAACUCUCGUGAUCAUCUGAUUAUUACAUAGGUUACUAUUAUGAUGAGCUAGAUUAUGAUAUUAAUUUAUUGAACACCAUUAACAUUAAUAGACAUUUUUUAGAUUUCUAUUGAUAAAUAAUAUAACUUUCCUUUCGCAGCCAUAAUUAUUUUUCGUUGGUCAAAAAAUUGUCACAAAAUAAUUCUUGAGUUCUUUCAUCUAUCAUUCUCAAGAAUCAUUGAUUGAACAAAAGUUGAACACCAGCCGAACUGAAUAUUAAAUACAUGCAUUUUUAGUUAGUUAUUAGUUGAAUCGGUAUAUUUAUCGCUUUAUUGAAAUGAUGUUAUUUUGAGCUUUAUUUUCAUACCAAUGCGAUAUUGGAUUUAGUAGUACAUAGUGCUUUGGUUAUUUGUUAAUGGUCAUGGUGCGCGUUUGUUGGAUUAACUAUCAUAAAAUGUUUGGAUGCUAGUUUAAAUAGUAAAGCGUAGGGAACUUGAACGUAAACAUAAUCAUUAUAACAAUUUGUAUUCGUAAUUAGAUUGAUACAUAUUUUGCAUAGUUAUUGUAAAGAAGCAGAUUUGUUCCCGUGUAAUCUAGGAGUUGAGAACUCGUUACAAUUGUUGAGUAUAAUACUUUCUGAUAUGAAAUCGUUUCACGGUAAAAAGGGUUUUAGAAAGUUUCCAUUGUCUGGUCCGAGGUCUGAAAUCGUAAUAUUGUGAUAUACAAGUUAUUACUAAAACAUAAAUUCGACGUUUAGUCA